GAACACGUUGAGAUCCGUUUCUACAUUUUCUCUCUCUAUCUCUUUCAUUCUUCCUCUCUCUCUAAGUUCUCUUUGUUCCUUAUCUCCUCUCACGUUCUCACUUUCUCGCUUCAUCCAAGAAGAGAAUAGCGAAGAAAAUUUCCAUUGUUUUGAGGCGCAAACACAGUCUAAGCUAUAGACACUUCCAUAUUUGAAUCAACACUUAAUGCGUUCUUAUCUCACUCUUUAUUGCGACCUUUUUCGAUCUGAAACGCCGCUUCUAUAUUAAUUUUAUAUAUAUAUCUCUUUCAAUUUCGUUCCACCUUGUCAAAUCCCUAGGUUUUCUUUCUUCUUUGCGUUUUUCGUUUUUCAGCUGCGGCGGAGCCCUAGAUUGGCUUGCGGCGCGGUGGAUAUUGUUGCUGUGUGUGGUUUCUUGUUCGAUCUGUGGGAAGGGAACCCCGCGCAACGGUGUUAUUGUAUUUAGCUCUACGAACCCUAAUUUUGGUGUGAAGAAGGGAUCUGGUUUGUUUUAUCGGCGGCGGUGCACUUUUUGUUUUUGGUUUGUUACGUGUGUUGCUGCGUUUGUGGUGUAUUCGUUUUUGUUUAUCAGUGGUUGCCCAUGCUAUUUGGUUGAUUUUGAUGCCGCCGGAACCAUUGCCUUGGGAUCGAAAGGACUUCUUCAAGGAGAGGAAGCACGAGAGGUCGGAAUCGGUUGGGUCUGUGGCGAGAUGGAGAGAUUCUUCUCAUCACCGAGACUUGAAUCGAUGGGGAUCCACCGAGUUUCGCAGACCGCCUGGUCAUGGUAAGCAGGGUGGUUGGCAUAUGUUUUCUGAAGAACCUGGUCGUGGUUACGGGGUUUCUCGGUCUGGUGACAAGAUGCUGGAAGAAGAUAGUCGGCCAUCGGUUUCACGUGAUGGUAAAUACGGCAGGAGCAGUAAGGACAAUAGAGGUCCCUCUGGCCAGAGAGAUUGGAGAGGUCAUUCGUGGGAAGCCACCAAUGGCUCCCCAAAUUUAUCCAGGAGAUCAUCAGAUAUGAAUAAUGACCGGAGGUCAGUUGAUGAUUCUACAACAUAUUCCUCUCAUCCACAUUCUGAUUCUGUGAACACUUGGAAACAGCAACACUUGAAAGACCAGCAUGAUAAGAUGGGUGGUGUCAAUGAGUUAGGAGCAGCACCAAGAUGUGAUAAAGAGAAUUCUUCAAUUGACUGGAAGCCACUAAAAUGGAACCGAUCUGGAAGCUUGUCUUCUCGAGGCUCAGGUUUUAGCCACUCAAGUUGCUCACGGAGCAUGGCAGGGGCAGAUUCCAAUGAAGCAAAGCCUGAUUUGAAACCCAAAAAUAUCACUGCUAUUGAGUUGCAUUCAGGGGAAGGCACUGCAUGUGUGACAUCUUCUAUGCCAUCUGAAGAUACAACUUCUAGAAAGAAGAAGCCUAGGCUAAAUUGGGGUGAGGGGCUUGCAAAGUACGAGAAGAAAAAAGUUGAGCGACCUGAUCCAGGAGCAAACAAAGAUGGGUCAGUCUCGUAUGCUGGUAAUAUGGAACCUUGUAAUUUCAUCAGCUCCAACUUAGUAGAUAAAAGCCCAAAAGUUACAGAAUUUUCAGACUGUGCAUCUCCUGCAACUCCAUCUUCUGUUGCCUGCAGUUCCUCACCAGGCGUGGAUGAUAAAUUAUUGGGAAAAACUGCAAAUGCAGACAAUAAUUUAAGUAAUUUGAGUGAUUCACCUGCUCCUGGGUUCCAGAAUCACCUGCAGAAGUUUUGUCUUAGCCUUGAUAACUUGGAUAUUGACUCCUUGAAUAAUUUGGGCUCUUCAAUUGUUGAGUUAGUACAGUCUGAUGAUCCAAGUUCUGAAGAUUCUUGUCUAGUCAGGUCCAAUGCAAUUAAAACGUUACUGAUAUGGAAAGCUGACAUUUCAAAGGUAUUGGAGAUGACUGAAUCUGAAAUUGAUUUGCUUGAAAAUGAACUUAAGUCUCUAAAAUCUGAUUCUGUGGAUAGAUAUCAGUCUCCAGUAGCAUUGGGCUCCCAGCAGGCAGGUAGCAGUAUAAAAAUUUAUGAGGAACAUGAAGUCUCUCAGAAGGUUAUUCGGCCAGUACCAUUGAAAAUUAUUUCUUCCGAUGAACCCAAUAUAGAGAUGAUGCCACUGUCAACUAAUCUAUGUAGUAUUCAUGAAAACGACAAGGAAGAGGAUAUUGAUAGUCCUGGAUCAGCAACUUCUAAAUUUGUUGAGCCUCUGCCUUUGGUAAAAGCAGUUUCUUCACGUAAUACUGGGGGAUAUGAUAACUUAUCAAGGGACAUGGAUACUGUUCAGUCUACUACAAUGAAAUGCUUAGUCCGGUGUACUACUAGGAAAGAUCCUCGUGUAUCUGCUUGUAAUGAUGUUAAUAGACCUGCUGAUGUAAAGGAAACCUUUGGAGCAAACACAUGUUCUAGCUAUGAGGAUACUUAUAAUUCAAUUAUUGCUUCAAAUAAAGAAUCUGCCAACAGAGCGCAUGGAGUAUUUGCUAAGUUAGUGCCCAAAGAAUGUAAAAAUCCUGUUAACAUGGGAGUCAGCAACGAUUCACUCUGUCAGGCAUUUGUUAUGGAAAAAUUUGCUGAGAAAAAGCGUCUUGAAAAAGUUAAGGAGAGAGUUACUGUACUCAAGUUCAAAGCCUUGCAUCACUUGUGGAAAGAAGAUAUGCGCUUAUUGUCAAUUAAGAAAUGCCGGCCAAAAUCUCAUAAGAAAAAUGAACCAAGUGUACGGACUACCUGUAGUAGUAAUCUGAAGAACCGAUCUUCCAUUCGUUCUCGGUUUCCUUUCCCUGCUGGAAAUCAUCUAAGCUUGGUUCCAACAUCAGAUAUUAUUAAUUUCACAAGCAAACUUCUUUCAGAAUCCCAAGCACAGGUUCAGAGGAACACCCUAAAGAUGCCAGCAUUAAUAUUGGAUGAGAAAGAGAAGAUGGUUACAAAAUUCAUAUCUAGUAAUGGGCUGGUUGAAGAUCCGCUGGCUAUUGAGAAAGAAAGAGAUAUGAUCAAUCCUUGGACAUCAGAAGAGAAAGAUAUAUUCUUAGAGAAAUUUGCUGUGUUUGGAAAAGAUUUCCGGAAAAUUGCUUCUUUCCUUGAUCACAAGACAACUGCGGACUGUGUUGAGUUCUACUACAAGAAUCACAAAUCUGAAUGCUUUCAGAAAUUGAAGAUGAAAGAUGUUGACAAGCUAGGGAAGUCAUAUGCAGCUAGAACUAACUUGAUGGCAUCAGGUAAUAAAAGGAUGCAAGCAGGAAGACUGCUGUUGGAAGGAUUUGGUAAUGUAAAAGCAUCGAGGGGCGAGGGCAGCAUUAUAGAGAGAUCAAAUAGUCUGGAAACUCUUGGGGAUGAAAGGGAGACUGCUGCUGCAGCUGAUGUAUUGGCUGGUAUAUGUGGGUCGCUUUCAUCUGAGGCCAUGAGCUCCUGCAUAACAAGUUCAAUUGGUCCUGUAGAUGGCAACAAGGAAAGGAAAUUCUUGAAAGAGAACCCUUUGCGCCAACAACCCUUGAUGCCUGAUAUUUCUCAGAAUGCUGAUGAUGAGACUUGUUCAGAUGAAAGCUGUGGGGAAGUAGAUCUUUCUGGGUGGACAGAUGAUGAGAAGGCAGCUUUUCUUCAGGCUGUAUCAUCUUUUGGUAAGGAUUUUACAAAGAUAGCACAGUGUGUAGGUACAAGGUCCCGAGAACAUUGCAAAGUUUUCUUCAGCAAGACUCAAAAAUGCCUUGGAUUAAAUCUCGUACGCCCCGUACCUGGAAUUGUAGGAUCCCCGCCUGAUGAUGAUGCAAAUGGCGGUGAGAGUGACACAGAUGAUGCAUGUCUUGUUGAGACAGGCUCAGUGGUUGAUGCUGAUAUAUCUGGGAAUAAAACAGAUGAGGACCUGCCUUCUGAUGCCUUGAAUAUAUUCCAUGCUGAAUCCAAUCUUCUGGAAGCUAGGAGACUGUCAGCUGAAUUAAAUGAUAUAUCUGGGAAUAAAACAGAUGAGGACCUGCCUUCUGAUGCCUUGAAUAUAUUCCAUGCUGAAUCCAAUCCUCUGGAAGCUAGGAGACUGUCAGGUGAAUUAAAUGAUAUAUCUGGGAAUAAAACAGAUGAGAACCUGCCUUCUGAUGCCUUGAAUAUAUUCCAUGCUGAAUUCAAUCCUCUGGAAGCUAGUAGACUGUCGGCUGAAUUAAAUGAAUCAAGAGAAAUCACUGGGACAGAAGUACUUCUUGAAAAUGUAGAUAUGAUUUCUGAUGUUUGUGCAAUUAAGGUUGAAUCUAAGCCUGCCUCUGAUGAUAGCGUAGUUGGCUUGGGCAAAACUGACAAGUCUUGUUCAGUCAAUGAACAUCCAGCUAAAGUUAUGUCAGAUAGCAUAGAAGUUGCAAAUAAAUUGGGAGAUGCAGCUAGAGAAUCAAUUUAUACUGUAGGAAUAAUUAAACCACUGGAGUGUGGUUCUGUUGAUAUGGAUACAAUGGUUUCAGAGGGUUCUUCUAGGGAUCUCAGAAAUGAAGUGGAAAGGCAAAGAGUGGAAGCACCCCCAUGCUUUGAUGAUAGAGAUGAUAAACAUGAAGCGGAUGCAGGUGUUGUAGUUGAAUUGAAAAGUUGUGUGUUAGAGUCAAGCAUUUCCGCAAAUCUUUCAUUCUCACAUGUGGCCAAUUCAUGCUCAGGAUUGAGCUUUGGUUCUGAAAAUAAGCAUGUCUCCUUUGGAAAGCCUCAUGCCUCAGCAUUAUCUACGAACAAUUCUUGGACUACUACAAAUUCAUUGUUGCUAAACUCUGCUCCUCCAUGUGAAAAAGCAGUUAGCCAGGAUAGAUUGUCCUCUAGUUGUGAUAUUCAAAGAGGUAGAGACAUGCGGUGUCAUAGUUCUGGCAGCAACGGUGACCAUCAGCUUCCUCUUCCAUGCAAUCAUCUUGAGACUGUUAGCAUCCUCCAGGGCUAUCCCAUGCAGGUGCCCGUCAAGAAGGAAGUUGACGGGGAUGUGAAUUGCAGCAGUUCAGCAACUGAGUUCCCUCUUCCCCAAAAGGUACAACAGACUGAUGAUCAUUUCAAAACAUUAUGCCAUUCUUCUGAUUCAGAAAAAACAUCCAGAAAUGGUGAUGUGAAACUUUUUGGGAAGAUUCUUACUAAUCUUUCUUCCAAUCAGAAACCUAAUUUGAUUACAAAGGGAAGUGAAGAAAGUGGUACCCAUCAUCCCAAGUCAAGCAACAAGUCUUGUAAACGGAAAUUUACUAGCCAUCAAAAUUCUGAUGGAAAUUUGAAAAUUUUGAAGUUUGACCACGCUGAUUAUCUUGGCCUUGAAAAUGUUCCAGUGAGGAGUUAUGGUUAUUGGGGAGGGACUGGAAUAAUACAGACUGGUCUCCCAUCAUUGCCCGAUUCUUCCUUCUUGUUGGCUAAAUAUCCUGCUGCCUUCAGCAAUUAUCCUACAUCCUCUUCCAGUUUGGAGCAACAACCAUUGCAGCCGUUUGGUGCAUCUACUUUUAAUGCUAGAGACAUCAAUGGAAGCAAUGCCAUGGUUGACUAUCCGAUGUUUAGAAGUAGGGAUAGUCCAAAAGGGCAGCCAUUUCUAGUAGAUGCCAAUCACAGCCAAGAUGUAUUCUCUGAGAUGCAUAGAAGGAACAGUUUUGAAGCAAUAUCUAGUAUGCAGCAGCAUGGAAUAGGAGUGAUGGGAAUGAAUGGCGUUGGAAGACCUGGGAUUCUAGUGGGUGGUUCAUGCAGCGGUGUCUCGGAUCCUGUGGCCGCAAUUAAAAUGCAUUAUUCUAAUUCGGAAAAGUAUGAUGGUCAGAGCGGGAGUAUCUUGAGAGAUGAUGAUUCUUGGGGAGGGAAAGGGGACAAUGGCAGGUAGUAGGUGUGUUUAGUGGCAAAACUUGUCUUUUUUGCGGUGACCCCUGUAUAAUAGUUUUUGUUUACUGCUCAAUACAGUGUAGGAGGCUGAUUUAAUGGUUAUGAAGCCUGUCUUUUUGGUAAAAUAUUAGGGGCUUGUAAUGUGGAAGCAAGCAGCUUUGUAUUUGUUGUAUUUGAUGAAAAUACAGAAAUAAUCUCUGGAAGUCAGGAGGGGCGAUUGCCAUUACCAUUUUGGUUUGGAUCCCAUGCCCCCAUUACAUCUCAUUCCUGAAACCAUCUGGCUAUUUGUUGAA